AUGUCAACAGUUCCAAAAGGCUACUUAUUAGGAGCAACGUUUGAACUUGGACCAACAUCAAAUAAAUUAUACAGAAUUGAUCCAUUAACUGGAAAGUUUACGAUAUUCACUCUUUUGAGUGAUUACAAACCGUACGAUGUUACCUAUGAUUUUAUUAAUAAAAUCUUCUAUGUUUUCGGUAGUGAAGCAGCAGUAAGACGAGAAUCAUCGAUAUCAUUGAUUUUGGUUAAUCCAUUCAAUGGCACAAAACAAUACCGAAAAAUUAUCACAGAAAAUUAUGCCGAACUAUUUGGCUUACGUGCCGAUAGUAGUACAGGCAAAUUAUAUUCAUUACAAAUGUCAAGUCCAGAUGAAAAUCCUGUAAGUAUCGUUCAGAUAGAUCCGAUUAAUUUUAUAGCUACACGAUGGGUAAAUAUUACCAAAGUUAACGGUGUUUCACCUGAUUCAAUGACAAUCUUUUAUAAUUCAACAAAUCAUCAAUAUUUUGUGACAGUAGUAUCUGGUCUCAAAGAUCUUCUUGUUGGUAUUGAUUUAAUCAAACAAAAAAUAAUAAGUCGAAUUUCAAAUUCUGAUUUACCGUCCUAUUUAUGUUAUGAUAAUAAAACGAAUGCUUUUUAUGGUAUGCAAAGUUUUAUAACUAAGCGUGGCUGUCGUUUGGUACGUUUAAACCCUUAUAAUGGUACAAUAGACGUUUUAUCAGACAAUUUCAAUGAUUACGAACCAUCGGCUGGAAAUUGCUAUGAAGGAUAUUAUUUUGCAAUGAUUGUUUUGAAUUCAGAAACACAGAAAAUAUUGACAUUUGAUUUAAACAAAAAUGGUAAAUUAAUAUCGAAUAAACUGGCAGAAGAAUAUUUAUUGGCAUUAGCAUUUAUUCCAACCUAA